AUGGAAAUACAAUGGGAACUGAUAGAAAGAGCAAAAGAAGAACUGGAAAUACUAGAAACAGAACAUCCCCACAGGUUUGAAGUUCUCAAAAUGGAGCUCAAAGAUUUCAUUUCAGAUUUGGAACAGCAGAUUAAUAGCAACAUCACCGCACACUAUGCUGACACUCAAGAGUCAUCAAGCAGGAGGAGCAAGACUGAUGUUGUCCUGGAGAAAGCUCUGCAAUGUCUCUGCAAAAUUCAACAUUUCAAAGCUAGCUUAUUAAUAGACCCGGCCCGGGCCGGAAACGAACCCGAUACGAGUAUAAAUCCGUGCCGAUUCAGGAUCAUUAUUUUCGAGCCCACCGGGCCGGAUCAGUUUUGGGAGGUUGCCAAUUUCCUCCAACUCCACCGUGAACGCCCCUUCGGCCACCACCACCAUACUACUUUCCUCCUCCACUGCAGCCGCCGCUCCUCCAUCUCACUGCGUAAUAAUUGCCAUCAAUUCUCCGCCCCUUCAAUUUCUCCCAAUAUUUCAGCACACACUGCAACCGGCCCGAACCCUCCGAAACCCAAAAUCAUGGCGCUACCGCCAUUAAACCUCCACACCCACCAUCAGUUUUCGUUCUCUUCUUCUACCCCUGCUUCUUGUCCAUUUUCUUCGCUGAACACACUCACGUUUCGGACCAUUCACCUCUUCAAAAUUGUAAAAAUGCCCCGAAAAUGCAGAAGAACUUUUCCCAUAUCGUCCUCAACUUCCCCUCCUCAACCCUCCCCAAUUUUCCUCCCUUACCUCCAAACCCCAGAAAGGAAACAGAGCCCGGAACCCGUGCUCGAAAGUGAUUCGGAAAUUACCGACGACCCUAUCGUCAAUUUCUUCAAGACCCGAAGUUCGGGCCCGGAUCCGGACCCUGGCCGAGAAGGCCGUAUCUCCCAAAAAAAAAACCGAAGAACUUCGUGGCAGUUAGCGCCCGGCUUCCAUAACCUGGAUUCCGAUUCAGAACCUGAGAAUUACCAAGUGCCCAUUUCCGAGAGUGCUGAAGAAAAGUCGUCGUCGUCAGGGGUUGUGGAAGAAAUUAUGGGAAUUGCAAGGGCGUUACCAGAAAAUAUCACAUUAGGGGAGGCGCUGGGGAGCUGUGAUUUUGGGGGGAGAUUAGGGAAGAAGGAGUGUAUGGAGGUGUUGAGGGUUUUGGGUGAGGAGGGUGAUGUGAUGAGCUGUUUGUAUUUCUUUGAGUGGAUGGGGUUGAGAGAGCCUAGUUUGGUUUCGUCACAAGCUUGCUCGGUUUUGUUUGUGAUUUUGGGUAAGGCUGGUAAAGGAGACAUCUUGUUGGUGAUAUUGAAUAAUUUGCCUUUCCAGCAGAAUAGAGACUUUAAGGAUGUUCGUGUUUUCAAUGCUGCAAUUUCUGGCCUUUUGUGUUGUGGGAGGUAUGGUGAUGCUUGGAAAGUCUUUGAGAUGAUGGAAAUGAAUAAUAUCCAACCCAACCACUUGACGUGUUGCUUAAUGAUCACAAUCAUGAGGAAGAGUGGCAAUAGUGCAAAAGAUUCGUGGGAAUUUUUCCAAAAAAUGACCAAAAAGGGCGCGGAUUGGAGUUUAGAAGCCGUUGGUGCUCUUAUCAAAUCGUUCUGCGACGAGGGUCUUAAAAGGGAAGCCCUCAUUAUCCAAUCAGAACUCGAGAAGAGAGGCACACGUUCUAACGCCAUUAUUUACAACACACUCAUGGAUGCUUAUAACAAAUCGGACCAAAUUGACGAGGCCGAGGGCCUUUUUGCUGAGAUGAAGAGCAAAGGCGUACAUCCAACGGCCGCCACUUAUAACAUCUUAAUGGAUGCGUAUAGCAAAAGAAUGCAACCUAAAAUCGUCGAGAAAUUACUCCAAGAAAUGGAAGAUAAUGGCCUCGAGCCGAACGUGAGAUCCUACACGUGCCUAAUUAGCGCAUACGGACGACAAAAAGAAAUGAGUGACAUGGCGGCAAAUGCUUUCUUGAGAAUGAAGAAAGCCGGCAUAAAACCCUCGACCCUUUCGUACACGUGUUUAAUCCACGCGUACUCGGUCGACAACUGGCACGAGAAAGCUUACGAUGCUUUCGAGAAUAUGUUGAGAGAAGGCGUAAAGCCCUCGAUUCAAACUUACACGGCUCUAUUAGACGCGGCUAGACGCGCGGGAGACACUAAAACCCUAAUGACGAUUUGGAAAAUGAUGAUGAGGGAGAAAAUCGGAGGGACGAGAGUGACUUUUAACACGCUUCUUGAUGGGUUUGCAAAGCAAGGCCAUUAUGUAGAGGCGAGAGAUGUAAUAUGCGAGUUUGAGAAAAUCGGGCUUCAACCGAACGUGAUGACGUAUAAUAUGUUGAUGAAUGCUUACGCGAGAGGCGGGCAAGAGUCGAAGUUGCCGCAACUUUUGAAAGAAAUGAGUGCGCUUAACUUGAAGCCCGAUUCGUAUACUUACUCGACAAUGAUAUACGCGUACAUUCGCGUGCGUGAUUUCAAGAGGGCCUUUUUUUACCACAAGGAGAUGGUGAAAAGGGGACAGGUGCCGGAUGCUCGGGCAUAUGGGAAGUUGAGGGGUAUUUUGGACAUGAAGGCGAAGAUAAAGAACAGGAAAGAUAAGAGUGCUUUAAUGGGGAUUAUAAAGAGUAGUAUGGGUGUUAUGAAGAAGAAGAGGGUUGGGAAGAAGGAUGAGUUUUGGAAAAAUAAGAAAAAGCGGCCACGACCUAUUCACAGCUCAGCUCGUUUUGUGAUUGAUCAAUCCUUAUUUUUGUUGUGUUAUAAACAUUUAGUUGUGGGAACUCAAACUGGUCUGUGUUUGAGUAAAUUAUUGAAGACCGUGUCGAUUUCUGAUAUAUUCUCAAACUUGGCUCGCUGGUCAAAUAUUCAAUCAGUUAGCCUGCUCAGCCUCAAUUGCUCAAAAUCUCAGCAGAAAACCUCCGAACAUUUCUUUAGCCGGUGCAGCCGUGCAGGGUCGCUCUCUCCUCAUCCUCCGAUGGUUUGGGGCCUCUUUCCUAUCGACCCACUUCCAGGUGAAAAUGAAUAUUAUAUUUUCAGAAAAGGAACAUAUAAAGUGGGCAGAAAAGGAUGUGAUAUCAUCAUUAACAAAGACAAAGGUGUCUCAAGGGUCCAUGCGGAAAUCAUUGUAAAUGAAAUGAUUUGCAUGGAUAAUUCAGAAAAGAAACACUCAACCAAAGUUCGGAUAAGAGACUGCUCCAAAUAUGGAACCUUCAUAAACAAAACUCUGGCUUCUGUGGAAAAAGUUCACGCACUUCCGGAUAAAGAAACAACGCUGAAGGAAGGGGACCUGCUUGCAUUUGGAACUGGAAAUGCGAAAUAUAGGUUUUCUUUUGUUUCUCUUGUACUUUUUACGGGUUCAUCCAAACCUUCAGAUAUCAACGAACUACAUGGCAAGAUGUCAGUGACUGGUGGUAGUAUUACUCAAGCUUGGACAUCUAAAUGUACACAUAUGGUUGUGGAUGACUUCACUUCUCUGACUGAUGAGAUAAUUGAUGCAAUAGUUGCUGGCAUACCCCUUGUCACAUUUAGAUGGAUAGAGGUAAUAGGAGGAAUAUCUAUAUGCACUGAAAUACCCAGCUGUGCCCCGCAUGCUCCAAGUUUAUCACUAGACGGGGUAUCUCUUAAAGUUGCGGAUCCACAAUCUCGAGAACAGUGUCUGAAAGCUUACACUUUUCUAUUGGUAUCCAUACAGAAGUAUAAGUUCAAGGAAAAGUUGCAGUUGCUGUUGGAAUCGGGAGGUGCAAAAGCUGUUUCUGUUGAAACUCAUGAUUUGUGUAGCCAAAAUCCAGGAGAAAAAUUAGUGCGUGUCAUGCCAGCUGGAUCAACAGUCAGCACCGGAAGCUUUAAGAAGUACAGUUCUCUGCCUAUGGUGAAUGAGAUGGAACUAAUUUCAGCCAUCAUUUCUGGACACCUGGAUCCUUCAGUUUUAUCAUCAGGACCUGUCCUGGUUACAUCAUCAUGCUCCACGGAUGAGACUGACGAGACUGUGGUGGCAGAUUCUGACGUUGAAAUGGAAACUUCCACAUCAGCACGCAAGUCCGUGGUAGUUAAUUUAACAGAAUCUGCUGAAGACGAGUGCACGAAGAAUAUAGAAAUCCGCAAAAUGGAAUUUUCCAAAGAAGUUAAUUCAUCACAAAAAGAAGUUGUUCACAUUAUAGAAUCUUCUGAGCAUGACAGUGCAGGGAAUACAGCUGCAUUCAAAACCACUGAACAAAAGAGCCAAAGAUUUCAUCCUCUUACUCGAGGUACUCUAAAACCUGAUGAUAGUCCUCCCCAGACUACUGUCGUCAAAUCUGAUGGUGAAUAUAUCACAUCAAGAAACAGGGAUGAAGGUAUUGUGGCAAGAAAGGAUACAUCUGAAAGUGAUAAUAAUAUCGAUAUAAUUUACAGCCAAGAUCUAAUUGUUCGACGCACUACUAAAACACAACCUGAACAUUCGUCGAGUAAAGGUGCAGCCGUAAACUUCAAACGCUUCAGGAAGAUGGAUGUUCCAUCCGGGAACAGCUUCUACAGUUUUAUUCCUUUUGCGAAGAACCCGUAUGAAGAGUCCGACUAUGGGAAUGAAGAUGUGGCUGAAUCUAUUAAAGAGGAGAAAAAGCGUAAACGGAUGGAAGCCAUUGCAGACGACUUGUUUAACAAUGAGAAGGGGAGAAGGCGUGCUGCAUCUGGUUCUCUUCACGGGCUUUUUGCUCGUGGUUUGUGAAGAGGUAAUCUGAUGUUAAGAACCCUAAAAGUGUAAGUAUGGAUGACUUUAGGAAGCUUGGAAAUGCAUUUGCCAGUGCCCUUUUUCUACUUUAUCGCAAAAUGAGUUUUGAUUAGGCAAGAUACAGAAAAAAGGCCGGCCAUCUUCUCCUAAGUGGACAUGUAACAGUAUUUCCCUCCAAAAAGUACUAGUGGUUAGGCACUAUGCAAUUAAGCUAGUGUUAGUUUUAUAAAAUGUCACAUGUUGAUGCAUAUUUUGGGUUAAGUAUGUGUCAAUAUCAUUCUAAGAAAUAAUAUAUACAAUGCUGCUGCUUGACACUCAAUAAUCAAUAUUUUAUUUUAACAUAUAAUAUA